AUGAUUGUAUUAUAAACUAAAACCAGGAUGAAAAUUAAUUCCACACAAGUUUUAUAUUUUACUCUUAGUGUCUACGUGGACACUGGUUUGUUAAGAUACUUCUCUUUCAUCCUUGUCCUGUGUCUGUAUGUUCUGAUCGUUGGUUCUAAUGUUCUGCUGAUCGUGGUGAUCUGUGUGAACAGGAGCUUACAUGAACCUAUGUACAUGUUUCUGUGCAGCCUGUUUGUGAAUGAACUGUAUGGCAGCUCAGGCUUGUUUCCCUUCCUGCUGGUUCAGAUCCUCUCAGAUGUUCACAUCGUUGCUGCUCCUCUUUGUUUUCUGCAGAUUUUCUGUGUUUAUACCUAUGGAAGUGUAGAGUUUACUAACUUAGCCAUCAUGUCUUAUGACAGAUUUGUUGCUAUCUGCCAUCCUCUUCAGUAUAACACAUUGAUGACUUCAGGGAGAAUGGUCUUUCUGGUAUCCAUCACAUGGUUACCUCCUAUUUUAGCUGUUGGUGGCACAACCUUUUUGAGCUCCUCUCUGCAGCUCUGUGGGAACGUCAUUCAUAAGAUCUACUGUGGCAAUAACUCCAUCAUAAAACUGGCCUGUAACGACCCCAGAGUCAAUAACAUCUAUGAACUUGUUAUGACUUUUCUCACAGUCUGUGGUCCUGUGUCUGUAAUUCUCUACACCUACAUGAGGAUCCUGAAGGUGUGUUUUUCUGGGUCCAAACAGACCCGGCAGAAAGCUGUCAGUACCUGUACUCCUCACAUUGCUUCAAUAAUCAACUUCUCUUUUGGUGUUUCCUUUGAAAUUUUGCAGAGCAGAUUUAACAUGAGUAGUGUUCACACAAGAAACUUUUUUAGGAAACAUAAAUAA